AUGCGUGCUCAGAUGAACUCCACGUUUACAGCAAAGGAUGACCAGGAAUAUGGGUUUGAAGCUGCUAUGGAUAGGCAGAUUCGAAACUUUGUGAAAAUGCUGGAAACCAAGUAUAUAUCAACCGACUCGGAAACCCGACCAGUUGACAUGGCUGAAAAGACACAGUUCCUUGCCCUGGACAUUAUUGGCGAUAUUUCCAUCGGGAAGCCAUUCGGGUACUUGGAGCAGGAUAGAGACCUAUUCAACUACAACGAGAUAAAUUUGUCGUCGUUACCGAUAAUGACAUUCGUGUCGGUUUUGCCAGGCAUCACUGAUAUCCUGCACAAGUGGCCUUUUCGCCUGGCUUUACCGAAAGAAGGCGACCAGGUCGGGUUUGGGCGUCUCAUGAACUUUGUUACCGAGUCUGUCGAGUCAGGAAUGCUCGCGAAAGCCGGCAGCCUGGUGCAGAAUCACCUUGAGAAUGGGCUGACGAAAAACGACAUGAUCCAGCAGGGAUUCGUUACAAUCAUUGCAGGAUCCAACUCCACGGCACACACUCUCCGCCUGACGCUCCUCUCCAUCCUCACAGCACCAUGGGCUUUGAGAGCCCUCCGCAGCGAAAUCGACCCGACGGGGUCGGCAGUCAGCGACCCAGUCUCGUGGCGCGAAAUUCAAAAGCUCCCGUACCUGCAGGCGGUGGUCAAGGAAGGCCUCCGCAUGUGGCCCCCCGUCAGCGGCCUCGGCUUCAAGCGGGUGCCCGCGGGCGGCGCGCACGUCGACGGAUUCUUCGUCCCCGGCGGCACCGAGAUCGGGCAGGCGUUCCUGGCCGUGGGCCGGUCGCAGAAGGUCUGGGGGCCGGACGCGGACGUCUUUCGGCCGGAGCGGUGGUUGCGCGCCGGUGCGGCGGACUUGAAGAAGAUGAACCGGGCCCUGGACACGCAUUUCGGGGGAGGCAAGUUUUCUUGUCUGGGGAAGCCGAUUGCCAUGAUGGAGCUGCACAAAACUGUACAUGAGCUUAUGAAACGAUUCGACAUGGCCAUCAUCAACCCGGAAAAGCCUAUGAAGACGAAGGCGUCGAUUUUCGUUUGCGACACGGAUUUUUGGGUUGCUUUGAGAAAACGGCCGGAGUGA